UCAGACAUUUAAUGUCAAGAUUGCACAGCAAUACCUGUGACCCCAUCAGAGAGGAGUUCGACUUUACAGGAUGGGGGGAGUGAGUGAGGGAGAGGACGUUUUAGCUCGAUGGAGUGAUGGACUACUUUACCUUGGCAACGUCAAAAGAGUAGACAGUGUCAAGCAGUGUUGUUUGGUCAGAUUUGAGGACAAUUCUGAGUUCUGGGUCCUGCGAAAAGACAUCCAUUCAUUUUCUGUGGGUGUGGAGGAAGUUUGCUCUAUCUGUGAUGGCCCGCCCCUUAAAGAACCUCUCAUCAGCUGCCUCAAGUGUCGACAUGGUUAUCAUCCGCAGUGUCACACUCCACCUAUUGACCCGGAAGUUGACAGCAACACCUGGAUAUGUCGUCAGUGCGUGUUUGCAGUUGCUACAAAGAGAGGGGGAGCCUUAAAACGGGGACGAUUCGCCAGACUCAUGCAGAUCAUGAAAAUGAGGCUACCCUAUCAGCUCUCGUCUCUUGACUGGGACCCUCAACAUCUGACCAACCAACAACAGUGUUACUGUUACUGUGCUGGACCAGGAGAAUGGAACUUGAAGAUGUUACAGUGUGGUAGUUGUGGACAGUGGUUUCAUGAAGCCUGCACACAGUGCCUGACUAAACCGUUGCUCUAUGGAGACAGGUUUUACCAGUUCCAAUGUUCAGUCUGUGCAAAUGGCCCAGAGAAAAUUCAGAGGCUACCAAUGAGCUGGGUAGAUUUGGCUCAUUUGGUGCUAUAUCACCUUUCCCUGUGCUGCAAGAGGAAAUAUUUUGAUUUUGACCAUGAAAUCCUAUCCUUCACUAAUGAGAACUGGGAUUCUUUGCUGCUGGGGAAGUUGUCAGACACACCGCGACAAGAUCGGUGUCAUAACCUUCUCAAUGCGUUAAAUUCCCACAAAGACAGGUUUGUCUCCGGUAAAGAGAUCAAGAAGAAAAAGUGUCUUUUUGGGCUUCAGGUUCGAGCUCCUCCUCCUCUAACCUCUGACACAUCUCCCCUCAUCGCAGAGCAACCCAUCAACAUCACACACAGGAGAAGCCCCCUGUCACUGCAGUGCCAGAGACGAGCUGUUGGGCCAGAGUCGCGCAAGUCCAAACGACGCAUCAUGGAGACACAGCCUUGUUCACAAGGAGUUGCUGCCAACCCAGUGGACUUGAUGCCAUGUUACCAUGGUUACGUAGGUGGGACAAACCUCUACAAUUCCAGAAAAUCAGAUGAGGAGUUGAGUUUGGGGUCUCCCCCCAAGAGAAUGUUUGCCCUGUAUCAUCCCUCAUAUAAUGGAACUCCUGCCCUAUCUAGAGCACUACACCACUACAGUGCAGAGGACCCUUGUCGUCUCCCUGCCCCCUGCCUUCCUUUUCCCUUCUCGUCCACCCAUCAACCUGGGCCAAGACUUGAGCCGUGCCCCUCACUCUUUCUGCGUGACGUCGCCCCCUAUCCCACUGGAAUGCCUAUGCAGGGGUCAAUGACAAGAGGCUGGGGUGGAGGGGAGACAGUCAGGAUUCUGGCCAGACGCGUAACACCAGACGGAAAAGUUCAGUAUCUAGUGGAGUGGGGAAAUGUGAGUGUUUACUGA